AUGUCGUCCACCAGCAACGCCUCCAUUGACAAGUUCAACGGAGACAAUUACGCAACGUGGAGCCGGUACAUGCGCGGUGUGUUUUUGACGAAGUCCGUCUGGCACGUUGUCAACCGUGAAGUGACUCCGACUUUCACCGAACCGCGAGCGUCCGAUGACUACGUCAAGGCAAGCAACGUCGCGUUUGGUAUGAUGCUGCUGCACAUGAACGCGGACUACCAUCAUGUGCUGGACAACUGCGAGGAAGCCUGGGUUGCGUGGACAAGUCUGAAGACGCUGUACGGUGGGUCGCAGAAGGCAGGACGCAUCUACCUCAAGCGACAACUUUUCAGUAUCAAGAUGGCUGAAGGCGCGAACGUCAUGCAUGUUGAAAAGACAGCGGCUGUGAAGAAGACACCUCGUCAAGCUGCGUCAAGUGUUGAAGCAAGUGGAAGACCAAGCUUCGCUAUACCAGUGGGUACCGGUAUGUACCAGUAA